GGGGUGCGUGCAUCCGUCAAUAAGUUACGUAGGUCAAAAAUGUAUUUACCCAAAUUCUAUAAAUGGUCUAUUCAGCCAGUAUAAAGUUGCAAAUUACAUUUAGUUUGCCCCUCCAGAAAUAUGAUGUAUGUUAUCCUAAACAAGGUUGCAUGGUGCACACCUCACGUGCUCCAAUUGGUGCGGUCCUGAAAACGAACACUUCCUCGGCUUCAAAUUGAGUGCACUAUUUACAACUCAAUCGCAACCUCGCUGCCAAAGGUUGAGGGAGCAUGCAGUUUGCUUUCAAGUUAGCGUUAAACGAGGUACUUCAAAGUGGGGUCUCUCCGACUGAGGUUUAAUAUAGCUACCAUUCUCCUCCUUGCAACGGUUGUGAUUCACUGCAUCAUAUGGACAAGGGACAAUCGCUGGUUCAUGGGGCUUUAUGCUAGAGUGAGCCAGCCAAGGCAGAGUCUUACACCCCGCAGUGUCUAACGUUACGGAUUCUCCAAUACAUCAAGCCGCAUUGCUACAUGGAGCUAUCAGUGUUGGGUUGACUUAAUUCAGCUUUUUACACCAGAUGUGUUGUAGACUACGUUUGCAUUUGGUUUCGCUGAUUAUUUACUCUAGCAUCGAUAAUAAUGGACUGAAAGUUGCGGGUAAACAACAACAACCUGCAGUGAUUUCUUGUUUGUAUAAAUGAUAGAGGAUACGAUGACACUGUUGUCUCUUUUGGGUCGGAUCAUGCGUUAUUUUCUGCUCAGACCAGAGACCUUGUUCCUUCUAUGCAUAAGCCUUGCUCUGUGGAGUUACUUCUUCCACACUGAUGAGGUGAAAACCAUCGUCAAGUCCAGCCGGGAUGCUGUCAAAAUGGUCAAGGGGAAAGUGGCGGAGAUUAUGCAGAAUGACAAAUUCGGGGGUCUCGACGUUCUGGACGCAGAGUUCUCCAAAACUUGGGAGUUCAAGAGCAACAAUGUGGCGGUGUACUCCAUCCAAGGCCGGAGAGAUCACAUGGAAGACCGCUUCGAGGUCCUCACUGACAUCGUGAACAAGAGUCACCCUUCUAUAUUUGGGAUUUUUGAUGGCCAUGGGGGAGAGACCCUGUCUAUGGGCUGCCAGUGUUUUUCUAAGGAGCUCUACUGCUCAGGCAUGCUCUAG